UUUGUAAUCCGUCUACAAUGCCGUCUAAAUAGUCGACUCGCUAGAAUUUGAGACACGUCCGUGCUGAGGUCUGUCUGUAGACCUCCCACUUACUUAAAACGGUGGGGAGAGAGAGAGGGUGAUUCCUAAAUAAACCAACACGCAGCUUCAUUCUCGUUGCUUUGAGGAGGUAAUAAAGUAUCCUCGCAAUUUUUGGUUACCGAAAAAGGAUGGCCCAUAAAAGCGGAGGAGAAGAAAAAUGUGGUCGAUAACAUUUUAACCUGAGGAUUUUGACGACUGGUGGGGACAGGUGAUAUAACAACACGGUACAAUGUGAAUGGUUGAGGAACAUGAAGCCUGCACACAAACUACUGUUCGUCCUGUGUCCCAUGCUGGUCUUGGGGUUCAUCUAUUACUCUUCUGGGAAGCUCCAUUUGCACGUAUGGGGCCAGAAGCCACAUAAAGGUGUGGAGCCCACUGUAAAAGUCAGUAAAGUCACUAGUGUUUCUGUCAAAACCACUGUCAAAACCACUGUGACCAAAGAGCCGGUGGUGGAGGGCCCUGUCUCCGUGGGACGAAUAGUAGGCUCAGGUACAGCCUCACUGCAAAGAGUGCACUCUGGUCAACAUGAGAACCCCAGCAGGCCGGAGUUUGAUAAGCAAGGGUUCUUGCUGAAUCUGGACACAAAGCUGCCUCCGGAGUUGGUGUACAAGUACGGAAACCUUAGUGAAGGAUCCUGCAAACCCGGCUAUGCAGCAGCCAAAAUGAGUGCUAUCUAUCCAAAGUUUAAUAAGCCAGCUUCCAUGUUUCUGGACCGAAACUUUAAGCGACUUGCAAAAGUUACAAACUAUUUACCUCCAUUUGGAUUCAAAACACAAGAAAGAAUCAUAGAUGUUAUAUUAUCUACCACAAAGAAGUAUGGACUGGGUCCAGAUUUAGAUAGUUUGAGUUGUAAAAGAUGUAUAAUAGUAGGUAAUGGCGGUAUCCUUAGCAACAAGUCUUUAGGAUCCCGCAUUGAUGAAUAUGACGUUGUGAUAAGACUCAACGAGGCCCCAGUGAGUGGUUACACCAGGGAUGUAGGUACUAAGACCACCCUGAGGAUAACCUAUCCCGAAGGGGCCAUCCAGAAGACCGAGCGCUAUGAGAAAGAUUCCCUCUUUGUCUUCUCUGCUUUCAAACCUCUUGACUUUAAAUGGUUGAGACAGAUGGUCUUCAAAGAGAAACUGUUGACAUUUCCAGUACUGUUUCCAACUGUACAGAUAUAUCAAGGAACAGAGGGCUUCUGGAAGUCUGUAGCGCACUUUGUGCCCCGGCAACCCUCGGAGAUACGGAUCCUCAACCCCUACUUCAUACAAGAGGCUGCCUUCCAGUUUAUUGGCCUUCCACAGAACAAUGGCCUCAUGGGUAAAGGGAACAUUCCAACGUUGGGCACCGUCGCCAUAACGAUGGCCCUUCAUAACUGCGAUGAGGUUGCUGUUGCUGGAUUUGGCUAUGACAUGAACACCCCUCAUGCACCCCUGCACUACUACGAAACAGUGAAAAUGUCUGCCAUAAAAGAGUCAUGGACUCACAACAUCUCAAAAGAAAAGGAGUUUCUCCGCAAGUUGGUGAAGGCCAACAUUAUCACAGACUUAACCAAUGGGAUUUGAACCUCCCAAGGUUGGGUGCCUUUCUAGGAGGACUCAAAAACACAGAGUCCUGGGAAACCCUGGACCAGACAACACAGAGGAGCGAGAUUUCAGAGGUGGGAGCGAUGGCUCAGUUAAGAUGCACAUGUGCCUUCUAACCGACAGGCUUCCUCUGAGUGGUACGUUGAAGGUUUCUUGAAUGUCUCGGGAGACAAUCCUUGUUCAAGUACAGUUGGAAGAUAUCAGAGACUUUGAGGUGACCAACACACACAGUGCUUGAGGAACGAGUCGCAACAUUAACUGAUUGUGCCAAAUGUACCUCUUUCGAAGGAGAUGCCCCUCUCCUCUCCUGCCUGAAUGUAUUAACGGUGUAAAUAUUAAAGAUUUUUACGGUGCAUUUUAA